AUGGCGUCCAUGCCUCGAUGGAGAUCUGCUCUCUCCAAGGCCUUGAGCUUACCUGAGAACCAGGGGCAGAAUCUAUACCAACUCGCGACUACAGACUCUGGCGCAACGGCUCACGCCCGUACCCUCGUGCAUCGUGAUAUCCUGCAACCAGCCGGCUUCCCACAGCUACCUAUCAUCCUCACCACCACUGAUAUCCGUACCCCAAAGGUUGUGCAACUACGCGCCCAUCCUCAGGCUGAGCUUUGCUGGUGGAUGGCAGGUUCCAGUGAUCAAUUUCGUCUUCUCGGCCCUGUGCGUAUCGUCUCUUCUCCCCAUGCUGACCCGCAACACGCCCCCUCGUUGUGGACGUCUUCCCUGGCCUUCGAUAAGAUGGAUGCCCAAAGAUUCGAUUGGGAGAAACAGCGGCUGGAGGUGUUUGACAACAUGAGUGCCCAUAUGAAGGCGAGCUGGUGCCGACCUCCGCCAGGGAGUGUUAUGGAGUCCUACGAAGACGCGAAGAAGUGGCCGCAGACAGUGCCGAAGCUGGGAGAGGCCGAAACCGAGGAAGAUAAACGCAAUCAAGAGCAGGCGUUGCGAAACUUUUGCACUUGUGCUCGUGGACCCCGUGGACGUAGACUGGGUGCAGCUCGGGGUGAAGCCCAACCAGAGGACUAG